CAUUCUGUCCUGGUUAAUAAUAAAACCAGACUGUCUUAUCACUUGUUUUGUGGAAUUUGCCUGUUGCAUUUCCUGUAUUAUAACAGGAACUAAGAUUCAAAAGUAUGUCAUUGACUGUAAACCACUUGUGUGUCCAAGGAUGUGUAAGAUACAUUUAUAAAGUAAGUACUUUUAUACCUUGUCAAUAUGAACCAGAUAAGUGUUUAUGGACUCCUCCCCCCAUUUCUCUUUAAGAAUGUCACCCAAAACUAUGGAACCAUUAGUGAGACGACUCUUUAGGGGAGUUUUAAUCGUGGAGGUUGCAGGAGUAAUUGGAGCAUACUGGCUGUUUCAUAGGAUGAAUACCAGUCAAGAGUUCAGACAUUCCAUGAACAAAAGAUUUCCUUCUAUUUUGGAAGUUUAUUAUAAAUCCAAUGAGUGGGCAGGAAUCUAUGGAAUCCGAGAACAGGAUCAGGAAACAUGGUCCAACAAGUAACCAGUAAAUAUUUUUCUGGCCUUGAAUUUGUUCUUCUGCUUACGUAACGUCCGUGCGUCUUUGCCUCUGAUCCACGCAUCACGUUCGGCUUCCCACUGUAGCUGCUUUAUACCUGGAGGAGUAGCAUGUUGAUAUUCUUUACUGAGCCACCAUGUAAUUUCCAAAUGGAAAAGCUUUGACAAUAGAUAAGUUUAAUGGCUAGUAUCUAGCCAAUGGGAGGUUAUAUCUUGACUAUUCAAAUAAAGCAUGAAAUCAGAUGUUCAUGAUUGUAAAUAAUGUUUUUGUGACAUUAAAGAUUUAUAAAAUUAAGAAUACGACUUUGGUUUAAGCAUACCAAAAAUCCCCAAUUACUACUGAUUCAAAGUGUAUAACUGAAAAUAUUGGUGUCAGAAUAAAGUUAAAGGCUCAGUUACUUACUUGCUUUAUCUUUGUUUGCCAUUGCAUUUAUACCAAUGUUGUCAAACUUUGAUCCUGCAUUUUCAUCCAGCAGGUAACCAAACUAUUUAAACAAAAAUAUUUAAAUUUAGUUUCUGUCAAAGCACUACAAAAAAUAUAAAAUAACCUCUGCAGUAAUGGCAAUUUUUACUUUGUA